GAAAUACUUAAAUGAAGAUGUUGGAUAUUAUCAAAUUAAAUUUUAUUUUAUUUAAUUUAUUUUUAGUGGUUAACUUAAGUGAAUGUGGGAAACGUAUAGUAUUCCCUGAUGAUAAAAUUUUACAAAAAUCUAAUGUGACAACAUCAACAACGAUUAAGUCAUUUCAUAUGUAUCGUGAUAGAACCCGUGAUAACACACAAUUUACAAAAGUUAAUAAAUUGUUUUCAAAUAAAAUCAAUGAAUAUCCUAAAAGCGAUUCGACUAAGAUGCCUUUAAAUAAAAUUGAAAUGACUACACAAAUAUAUACGCCACCACCAAGUACAUUGAGGCCAAGAAAAUAUAAAAAUUGUGCAUGGUGUUGUGAUAAUAGUACAGUUGAAAUUGAUGAUGACACUGAUAUCGACAGUUUGGCAAAUGUGAAUUUUAAUGAUUUACCACUCUGUUCAAAAUGUUGUUCUUUCCAACCGCAAACAGAAGAAGAAUAUGCAGCUGAACCUGAUGAAGAUGACAAACUUGGUAGUAUUUCAAUUGCAACAAUUUUAGGAAAAAAAUAA